ACUAAGCUCAGAGAGGCAUAUCCAUGUCCAUAAUGUCUUUCGUAGCUACGCCUCUUGUUACUUCAUCCCCUUGCUCUCGUCGCUCCGGGAAUUAUCACCCCAGCAUUUGGGGGGACCAUUUCAUUCAAUAUGCUUCAGAAUCUUCGGAAGGGACUGACGAAAUGGAGAUGGAGAAGCAGAUUAAAAUACUCAAAGAAGAAGUAAGGAAGAUGCUUGUGUUUCCAACUGAGAAGCCUGCAGAAAAAAUGAAUUUGAUCGAUGCAAUCCAACGUCUAGGUGUGGACUACCAUUUUGAACUUGAGAUUGACGAUCUGUUGCAACAGAUUCAUGACAGUUACAUUGAAAGUGGUACAAUAACUACCUUCGAAGAAAAAGACGACCUGAAUGCUCUUGCACUUUUGUUUAGGCUGCUAAGGCAACAUGGAUAUCGCAUUUCACCUGCUGUGUUUGAAAAGUUCAAAGAUGAGCAAGGCAAUUUUAUGGAAGAACUAACUACUGAUGUUGAGGGAAUGCUAAGCUUAUAUGAAGCUGCACAUCUUAGAGUUCAUGGAGAAGAUAUAUUGGAUGAGGCACUUAUUUUCACUACUACUCAUCUUGAAUCAAUGGCCGAUCGUUUGGAUUCAUCUCUUGCUACAAAAGUCAACUAUAGCUUCAAACACCCACUUCGUAAAAAUUACCCCAGACUAGAGGCUCGGCAUUAUAUUUCCUUUUAUCAACAUGAGUCUUCACACAAUGAAACCUUGCUCACCUUUGCAAAGUUGAAUUUCAACAUGCUUCAAAAGUUACAUCAAUGUGAAGUUGGAAAUGUUUCCAAAUGGUGGAAAGAACUAGAUUUUGCCAAAAAGCUUCCAUUUGCACGUGAUAGAUUGGUGGAAUGUUACUAUUGGAUACUGGGAGUGUAUUUUGAGCCAUACUAUUCUCUAGCAAGAAAAAUAACUACCAAAGUUAUUUGCUUCAUAUCAGUCCUUGAUGAUAUUUAUGACGUGUAUGGUACACUUGAAGAGUUGCAACUCUUGACCACAGCGAUCGAGAGAUGGGAUAUCACGUGCGUUGAUUUUCUGCCAGAAUACAUGAAGUUCUUUUAUGAGGCACUUUUAGAUAUUUAUGAAGACAUCAGGCAAGAAAUGACCAAGGAAGGAAGAGCAUUUUGUGUAAAGUAUGCCAAAGAUGAAAUGAAAAGGUUGGCGCAAGCCUAUAUGGUUGAGGCCGAGUGGUUUAAUAGCAAUUACACACCGACGAUGGAGGAGCACAUGAGCAACGCUCUAGUAACUGCUGCGAUCCGAACGCUCGCUGCCACGUCUUUCAUUGGGAUGGGAAAUAUUGCUACAGAGGAAGUCUUUCAAUGGCGUGAAGGACCUAAAGUCAUUAGCGCUUCAGACCUUAUUGGAAGGCUUGUUGAUGACAUCAUGACUAGCGAGCAUGAGCAAAAGAGAGGGCAUGUUGCUUCUGCCAUUGAGUGUUACAUGAAGCAGCAUGGCGUGAAGAGAGAAGAAGCCAUUGAUGAGUUAAACAAACAAGUGAUAAGUGCGUGGAAGGAUGUAAACGAGGAAUUGCUUAACCCCACUAAAUUGGCAAAUCUCAAUCGUACAGUUGAUGUGAUUUACAAGGAUUUUGAUUCCUACACUUUCUCUGCAGAAUCAACAAAGGAUCGCAUUACAUUUUUACUAAUAAAUCCAUUGGCUCUUUAAAAAUGUACAUCAACAAGAAUGUUCUAGCGAGAGAAGUUUAUGCUGAUAUGCCACUGUUAAUUAAUAAAGUUUGAUCAUGAGACUCAAAAUCCAAUGACUUGUGGGGCAAAUCGUUGCCCUUGUCUUGAUGUUGUUACCAUUUGGAUAAUCAUUUUAGCAUCCUCAUCGUGCUUGCUUGUAUAUCAAUGGUUCAUGAAACCGCAAUAUAUAAUAUUAUGG